UGAAGAUAUCGUUUUAAAAGAAGUUAAAUACUUGCUCCGAAUCUUAAAAAUGUUGGGACUGUUUCCCCGUUUGGUAGAUUACGACCCGUGUUCUUCCGUAUCUUUACGAUUACAUAAUGUUCAAGUUUUUAUGAUUAUCGGGGUAGCACUUAUUUCAAUUAAUUUCUGGUUUUUUGUUUUCUUUUCAUUCGAAAACUUUCACUAUUUCUCUCUAUUUAGAAGUGGCUAUCAAACGGAAACCAUUAAUCAGUUCAUUGAGUUAUCCUUUUGUGUAGUGACUUCGACCUUGAUAUUCUAUGUGAGCGCUCUAAACUCUAGAAAUCAAUUCUUUAUUCUGAAUGACCUCUUGCUCCUAGACCGCAAGUUUCUUAAGUUUAAUAAAAAGUUAACUGCUACACAUACUACUCAUAAAUAUCCUUUUACACUAAUUAUAUUUCCACUAAUUAAUUUGUUCUUUUCCGCACAAAUGUUUAUGCCAUAGGAAGGAAUGCACCGGUUUUCCGUUAUUGCAAUAAUAUAUUAUCCAAUGGUACUAACUGUGUGCCUUUCACAUGUGCUAAUUAUUAUGUACUUUCUAAAAGUGGUAACAAGUCGUUUAGAAACCUUAAACUCGUCCCUUUGCGUUUUGUGGAUACCCCAUACAAUAUGUAGAGAGUUGACCGUUACAUUAACAUUGAGGGAUCAUAUUUGUGAUAUUGUCAAUAAAAUAAAUGCAGUGUAUGGAUUCACAUCUUUAUUAUGUUUUGCUUAUGGAUCAUACUCCAUGACAGCUGAAAUAUUGUAUUUGCUGGAUACAUUGACGGAUCCAAAAUAUCCAUUUCGCAGCCUCAUCAUCAACGUCAUUUGGGUAUUAACAUUUUUUUCCCUAUUGUUUCAUUUGUCUGCUACCAGUAGUGCAAUGAGUGAUGAGGCGAAGAAAACCGCUGAAAUCUUGUCACGGGCAUAUGGAAAAGGAAAGGAUUACCAAAACAUCAUCGACAAGUUCCUAACGAAGAGCAUAAGGCAGGAAACGAAAUUUACAGCUUACGGAUUCUUCGUUAUCGACAAUUCAACAUUAUUCAAGAUUAUAUCAGCCGUCACAACGUAUUUGGUAAUAUUAAUACAGUUCAAGCAACUAGAGGAAUCUAAGAACGAUUGAAAUUAAACCCACUUAAAUAACCCACCUGACAAUUUAACUAUGAAGCACAGCACCGAUUCAGAUUAUAUACUUUUUUGAACAUAUUAUACAUAUAUUUACAUAUUCGUGCAUGAACAGUUUGAUUCA